GUCAUGCCCGUUCUUUACGUUCACUCCAAGGACGGAACCCAGGUUCGGAUACCCUUAUACAAAGAAUGUGCCUGAUUUUUAUUUUGCUGCAUUCUGUCUAACUGGCUAUCUCACAAACGAUGAAUGCAGACUAUUGCUGUUGCAGAGGCCAAGCCCAUUGAGCUCUAUUUGGCCGAGAAGUUCUCCUGCCUUGGCAAGAACCUCUACGAACGCGCCCUGAUCUCUUCCUUCGCGUCCUCGACUGCCUCCCUGUGGGAUGACUUCAUGAGUUCUGCUGUCGUUCUCCAGGCCCCCAAUGAGGUCAAGUUAGAACAGAUCAACGUUUUCCUCAAAGAUAAAGUCCCCCGAUGGGUCCGCAUCCAUGAACAGCACCUGCAGGCCAACGGCCUCAACGGACACUAUGUCGGUGACACAAUCUCGCUCGCCGAUCUAAGGGCUGCCGCGCUGGUUGAGCUUGUUCACAGACUCCCAGCGGCCGCACAGCUCAUCAAUUCCGAAAGCGCUCCUGGUCUGAUCAAGGUCAAGGAGACCAUCGACACUCAUCCCAAGAUCGUCCAGUGGCGCCAGACCGAGCUCUUCAAGAGCCUGCGUUUCUCGCGCGCCAUUCCUCCCAUGCCCCGCCCAUCCACCAUCAAGUUAAACGAUCGCCGAGGCAACAAAACCGGCGGCCUCCACGCUUAAAUUCAUCUUACCAUCAUUAAAGAUUGGCUUCCGCUGUAUAAAUAUAAUUCCCAAAUCAUGGACCCAUGUGCCCACAAUGGCUUUG